AUGGCUUUCUUUGGGCACUGCACCACCCCCUUGCUGGACUUCUCAGUUGAUCAGUACAAUUAUCAGCACUUGAUAUACCUCAGUCAAUCUCGCCCGGAUCUGUCAGAAAUCAUGCCAGACACGACGCCUCCAAGCGUUACACAAUACUCAACACCAAAAAACGGUGUCGAGGCCCCGUCGGCAGCGGACCUAACACCCAAGCACGGAGUCGAGCUCCCGUGGCUAGGGGAAUCAACACCAGAGCACGGAGUCGAGGUCCCGUCGGUAGCGAACCUCAUCCACAAAACACUCAAGGACGAAAUAACCAAGCAGGCCUACGGUUUCUUCAAAUGCAGAGCACUUACACCCGAAGAGGCGUCAGACCGAACCUCCCCAUGCAUCGCGUACGGGGUAACACAGGCCAUUGUGAGCCCCGACUUCUCUGUGCACGAGAUCCAUCCAGAGAACUGGGGCGCCUGUGUCGGGUUUCGUGCGCCCGCGAUCUACAUUCGAUCCCCUCCAGGUGCUGGGGAAGGUGGUGACAAUUUUGGGGACGCAAGGAAGGAGGCUUGGGAGGGGUUGCAGAAGACACUGGUGGAGCUCAUGAUAAAGCACAAAUCCCUGCAGAAGUUUAUUGUCCAGAUCUACGACUAUCUGGGCGAGGGGAAAACUUUUCGUGCCAUGUCGUUUGGUCCGGUGAUACUUAAGACUGAUAACGGCAGUCUCAAAGUCAAUCUCAUCAACGAGACCUACCGCGAAAAGUAUGACGCCUGGGAGAAGGAAGAAAAGGCCAACAAGAAGGACAAGGAGGAGGCCAGCAAAUGGAUUCCUACCCGUUACGACAGUCAGCGAACGAUAUAUCAUAAUGUGGCGGGGGAUGUGAUAUAUUGA